GGAACUCUUUGUUUAGCUCGGUGAAUUUCGUCCUGCAAGAAGUAUCCUGCCGGGAGUCGUGGACAUGCGCGUGCCGGCGUUGUUGGUGGGACUUUCGAAUCGAUUGGUGUGACAGCGUGUGUGAGCGCCGAGAGAUCGCUACCGGUCUGCUGGAUGUGCUGUCAUCUGCAAUGCAGCUUGCGAGCAUCAUAGCUCGACAUCGCCGUCUAGUCAUUUGUGUUUUCGAUGCUCGUACGAUUUUCAGGCAGGAAGUCAGGGUUGUGCUUCCCCGCAAGCGAGAUGAGGAGAUCCAGGCUUAUCCCCCGCGGAGGGUUCUUGUCUGCGCUCGGUUUGCGUUCAUCGUUCGCUAUGAUCGGGCGGCACAGCUUCGCGCCCACUAAGUCGACGAUCUCGGAGAAUCGGCCGUUUGUGGACAGCAAACGCUUGCGGGAGUUUCCAGUUGCCGCACCGAUCUGGCUGUGCCUCACCGUUGUAAGAUUGAAGAAAGGGGGCCAGGGGACGCGGACGAUAUGCAUCUCUCAUCAUUUUUAUUCGACAUUUGGGGCUCAAUGUCAAGGCUGCUUCUGCAAUCGUCACAAGACACGGGGCUACAAUAUUGGACGGCAUCCUGCCACAGUGCCGAAGCAAGGGAAAGGCCGUAUGUAUGCCAAGCGUCCUAACUGUUUAAAGAUGGACCCCGAACCUGGCGAGGCUGAUUGUGAAGAUGAACGGAGAUGCCGCCAACAUCAUUCGCGGAUAUUCCUAGAGGGUUUAGUCUGGCAUCAUGAGGGUGAUGGAAUUCUUGAACCAAGCGAUUGGGUCGUAGGAACCUUUCGAGCACUGCUUCGCCUCGGACCAAGUUAUACUUAGACUGCACAUAUCUCGAUAGUCCUGCUGCGUCUAACAAUUAGCAUGUAAGCCUCAGAAAAGUGUUCAGCCUCA